AGAAUGCAUGCAUUUCAGCACCCUGGUCAGGGAGUCCCUGUUGCAUUUGUGAAUUAGGACCCUGCAGCUCUGCCUGCUCGUGCUCAGCACGGAAUGCAACAGUGGUGAAGUGAAAGAGAGAUAUAGAUCAUUGCAAGAACACUUGUUCAUUGAUAGAGGGGCUGAGAAGAAUUUCAUCCCAGAGGGAGGAGUCAAAGCAGUGGAAAGGCCACCAGCAUCCUGCAUCUUACACUUGUGCUAAGGUACUACUAUAUACAGGGCUUGAAAGAAACAAUGAAGAAAUCCUAACCAAGGUAUUACCAGGGGAAAGGAAUGAAGAACUUCUGACACUAGCAAAGGACCCUGCUACAAGCCCCAAAUAAAACUGAGCCGGAUACAAGUGUGUUAAUUCUUGAUCCCUUCAUCUAUUGGAAUACACACAUUAAAUACAGUUGGAAAUGAACUGUAAAGUUAAGUCAUCUGUCUCACAGAUAGAAGACAUACUUUUCUUCUCCCUCUUUAUUGGACUGGCCACUAAUUUCAGUAUGUCACAGACAACUGCAGCUCCUGUCAAGGAAGACACCAAUGACAAUAUCACAAUUUUUACAAGAAUACUUGAUGGUUUGCUUGAUGGAUAUGACAACAGACUUCGCCCUGGCCUAGGAGAGAGAAUCACACAAGUAAAAACUGACAUUUAUGUCACAAGUUUUGGACCAGUAUCGGACACAGAAAUGGAAUAUACCAUUGAUGUGUUUUUCCGUCAAAGCUGGAAAGAUGAACGACUUUGUUUUCAAGGACCCAUGCCUCGUCUUCCUCUGAAUAAUUUGUUGGCUAGCAAAAUCUGGACACCAGAUACGUUUUUUCAUAACGGUAAAAAAUCAAUAGCUCACAACAUAACUACUCCAAACAAACUGCUGCGCCUUGAGGAUGAUGGCACAUUGCUUUAUACUAUGAGACUGACCAUUUCAGCUGAAUGCCCAAUGCAAUUAGAAGACUUUCCCAUGGAUGCCCAUGCAUGCCCCUUAAAAUUUGGAAGCUAUGCAUAUCCUAAUUCAGAAGUGAGAUAUGAAUGGACUAAUAUAACAGACAAAUCUGUGGUAGUUGCAGAAGAUGGAUCUCGGCUAAAUCAGUACCAUUUAAUUGGCCAGACUGUUGGAACAGAGAAUAUCAGCACAAGCACAGGUGAAUAUACAGUGAUGACAGCACAUUUUCAUCUGAAAAGGAAAAUUGGCUAUUUCGUUAUCCAAACUUACCUUCCCUGCAUAAUGACUGUCAUCUUGUCACAAGUCUCAUUCUGGCUAAACAGGGAGUCAGUGCCAGCUCGAACUGUUUUUGGUGUCACCACUGUGCUAACAAUGACAACUCUGAGUAUCAGCGCAAGGAACUCGCUACCAAAAGUGGCCUAUGCAACAGCAAUGGACUGGUUUAUAGCUGUUUGUUAUGCCUUUGUCUUCUCUGCGCUGAUUGAAUUUGCGACUGUGAAUUACUUUACGAAAAGAAGCUGGGCCUGGGAUGGAAAGAAAGCACUUGAAGCAGCAAAAAUAAAGAAAAAAGAACAAGAAUCAUUAGGAAGAAAGCCUAUUAAUUCAUACGGUGGGAGAAUAACUUACACACCAAACAUGUCUAAAGAUCUAACUUCAUCAGUCAUCGGCAUGGCAUCUUCAAUCCACAUGAAGACUGCAGAAGAAAAAUGCACUGAGAACAAAAAGACUUAUAACAGUGUCAGUAAGAUUGACAAAAUGUCAAGAAUAGUUUUCCCCGUCAUGUUCGGAACAUUCAACUUGGUUUAUUGGGCAACGUAUCUAAACAGGGAGCCGGUCAUUAAAGGGGCUCCGGCUAAAGCAUCUCAAGUAUUACCAAUACACAUAUAAGCCAUGCAUUUAUAGCUGUUCUUAGUUAAAUUAUACAAACUGUGCCUGCUGCACAACUGCAAGUGGAACCAAUGGGGUAGGCUGUUUGCAGUUAUAGUUCAGCAAGGUCUAUGGUCUAUGCCAAUGAAAUAAAAAGUCUUAAAAUCCAUAGCUUUCUUUAUGUGCAUUUUAACAUAGUUUUGCAUGCUUUUUGUGCUUUAAUCUAAAAAAACAUUUUCACAAAUGAUACUGUCACUACACAAAAAAAAGUAUUCUAUCGCCAAACUGCAUUUUUGUUUAAAAAUUGCUGAGAUAUGCAUGUUUUCUAUAGGACCUUUUUUUUUUUAAAUACAUGCAUAAAACGUUGCCAUUAGAAUGCUGUUAUAUGAUGCAUUUCUGUGCCAUAUUUUAUACUAAUGGGAUCAUUCUAAGGUAGAAUAUUUGUAUAUUAACUAUUGAACUUCUUCAUGCAGAACCCAUGCAGAGUAGAUCUAGAUAUAUGCAAAUGCAAGACAUCUUAAUCUCACUUAUAGGAGAUCUCUAGCAAAUUACAAACUUAUUUAUAUAUAUUGCCUUUAAAUGUUAGGAUGGUAUUGUCAUAGGAGAAGGCAAAUGCCAUUUGCAACCAAAGUAUUUUGUUCUGUCAGUAUUUUCACGUGCAGUGUGCUAACAUUGCUUUAUUUUGCAUACAGAAUGCACAACAUUUUUUACCAAUUCUUACUGUUGUAUAUAGCAAAUGAGCAUGCGUUAACUUGAGUUUAUUUCAGUGACCAUUACGAUGCUACUUUUGCUUUCUCGGCUAUUUGAUAACAAUGCAAAAGGGGCAGGACUAUUCUCAUAGAUGUUUAGGACAGUUCUGCUACUUCAGUGUAGAAAUAUUUCCCAUCACAGACCAUUCUAUUUGUAGCUGUGGGAAUUUGUGUAUCAAAUCUGCACAUCUGCUGCUUCAGGGCAUCAAGGGUAUUUAUUGGAAAUCCAGAAAAAGCUUUUAUUCCAGUUUACAUCCAUUACAUUGUAAAUCUGCACAGACUUUGUUAAAGGAUGUGUUAUUUAUGAAUCUGAUUGAUUACUUUGAUGACUGGAAAUGCCCUGCCUUUAACAAAGUAUUACAGAAAAACAGUACAGUAUUACAGAAAAACAAACGUGUUAUAUAUUUUUCACACCAAAUUCUGUAAAUACAGACAAUGCUAUAAGCAAAAUGACACUGAUUUUAUAGGAAAUAUGUGAACGCUCAAACUGCCUUCACUAAGCCUUCAGCAAUUAUUAUAUUUCCUUGUGGACAUUCACCAACUCGGCGGAUACCCUGCAAUCAAGCUGCCUGUAGGAUGAUUAGUGUUGGCCUAAACUCAAGAGCUUCUUCAUUUUAAGUGUGGUUAUUCUUGUGCACAAAAGAAAAAGAUUGACAAUCGGAGCCAAAAAAUUGCAAACAAGCUGAAUACAGCAAAUAAAAAAUUACUGAAAGCAAGCUCACAUUUAGAUUCAUUCAAAUGUUUCUUCGAUAAUUAAUUAAUGUUUGACAUAAGAAAUAUAUUAACUCUGCUAUACUAAAGAAACACAACUAUCUUAAAAAUGCAAUUAUUUAUAUUAAAACGAAUUUUUAAAAAAACUUCUGUUUCACUUUACUUUAAGUGCAAUCUAUGCCUAGUUUUAGGUGUUUACUUCUAUUGCAGACUUGUACUGUAAUAAUGAAAGGUAUUUCAUAAUGUAAAUCAUUUCUGAUAAUAUUGACAAAGUAAUCCAUUAUUUACAGCAGUGAUGUACAACCAAUGGAUCGCGAGCAAUAUGUUGCUCACCAACCCCUUGGAUGUU